AUGAACGCCUUUCGAUUCUGCGACGUUGCUUCCGGCCUUCAACAGGAGACGUUGCCCAUCCCGAAACCCUCAAGCUCUGAAGCCCUCAUCCGCGUCGAGGCCGCUGGUCUGUGUCAUUCAGACACUCAUGUUCUUCACGGCGGAGGCGCAGCCUGGAUGUGCAAGCUUCCUAUCACACUUGGCCAUGAGAUCGCGGGUGUCAUCAUCGAACUCGGUGGCCACUCUCCAAGUCUGAAGAUUGGGGACAGUGUCGCGGUCGCAUGCGUUGGGCAUCCAAUCGAAACACGUGACUUCAGUGAAGCUCUAGGCGUAGGACGCGACGGCGGGUAUGCGCAGUAUGUUGUUGCACCGCUCAAAAACUUGGUCCCCAUUCCCGCUGGCGUGAGCUUCGCUCAGGCCGCGGUCGCCACGGAUUCAGUCGCUACGGCAUAUCACGCCAUUGUCUCUGAAGGCGGGAUCGGCCCCUCCAGCACCGUGGGAAUCAUCGGGAUGGGUGGUCUAGGGCUCAAUGGAGUUGCAAUCGCGGCCGCCAGAAAGGCCAGGGUGUAUGGGAUCGAUAUCGACGAAACCAAAUUUGAGCUCGCGCAAUCCUUAGGGGCGGUUGCAUGUGCGAGCAACCUGUCCGUAUUCUCCGACCAGACAUUCGAUGUCAUUGUAGACUUUGCUGGCGCACAAGCAACAAUUGAAAGUGCAAUGGCUGCGGUGCGACCUGGAGGUACGGUGGUGCUGGUGGGACUUGCGUCCGACAAGUUAACGUUCACAACAACCGAACUAGUAACGAAGAAUAUUGCGCUCAGGGGUUCAACAAGUGCGAGCAUGGAAGAGCUUCAGGAUGUCCUACAUUUGAUCGGCAAGGGUAUAUUGAAGCCGCAGAUCGAGUGGCUGCCGUUUAGCGAUAUUCCCAACGGAUUAAAGCGAUUAGGCACGCAACAGGUUCAAGGACGAUUGUAUGCUACGCCAAACGCGAAAGAAUAG